ACAACUUUCUCCCUUCCAAGGCUCCCAAUGUGCUCCAAACUGCGGGUGAUAACUGUCUCCCCUGCCCUGCCGGGUUAAGAAAUGAUUGUGUCCACCGUGCUGGCUAUGGACACCGGCCCUGGGGAAGCAGUAAGGAGAAGAACUCGGCCGGUGGCAGACAUUUCUUUUCGUCCCCCAGCUCCUGAGGGCCAGCCGUCCCCCGCUGCGGGCUCUCUCUGUAGGUGGGCUGAGAGAUGGAAACUCCACAUCACCUCUGGAAACUCUGAGUCAAGCCAGCCGGCUUUGAGAAUAAUUCGCCUCUUCCCUCUUUCCGUAAAAGUCCCAGUUUCAGCCUCAGGGCUCUGGCUUCUUCCCCAAAACCUGUGGUGGAGGGGAGGAUCACCUUUCCUGGCUGGACAUUUCUGUCCCCUUCCAUCGGCUUCCCCUCCUCUCCUACACCCCCAAUUCCUGCUCCUUUGCCUGGAUUCCUUCUCCUUUCCCCAAAUUCUGUCUCCCCUCCCCAUCCCUGUCUCCUCUCACCUCCAGCUGCGUCUCUGUCAAAAUGUCAUCGAUAAAUUUGUCUCUUUUUCUAAAUUUGCAAUGCUGAGGUUUGAACCCAGAGUUUUUGCUUUGAACUACGUGCCCCGUCCUUUUUUAUCUUGUUUUUUAUUUUGAAACAGGGUCUUGCUAAGUCCCUAAAUUGCUGGCGGUAGGCUGGAACUUUCGAUCCUCCUGCGUCAGCCUCUGGAGUGUCAGGAUCAUUUCAGGCUUGAGCCACCGCCUCCGGCCAGCCACCAUCUCUUGCAUCGUGGAUCCAUUUUCCAUUUUCCUCCUGUGUGCUUCCUCAGUUGCAUUUUUUCAUCGGAGCGCUCUCGAGGCCUCCUGAUGUCUCACCCUCCCUCGCCGCUCCGCUCCGAGGUGUCUUCAGGCUGCCAGUGCAGAGCCGGAUGGGCUGCGGGUGAGGGGCCCAGUGUGGGGCCCCAGUCCAGGGCUGCAGCCAGCCUGGCAGCCUCUCUCGGUGCCGGGACGACCAUUUCCUCUCUGGGCCCUGGAGUCCACUCGGGUUACUCUGCAGUUGAGCUCAGCCGUAAGCGGAGAAGAGGAGACGUUGCUGGUCUGCUGUCCUCCGGGCUGGGCCCAGGCGCCUCAGAGGCCUGCAGGACCCCCUCGGGCUGUGCCUCGCGGGCUGGAGCCUGCUGUGAACCGCGUGGGAUUCGGCGGCCUCUUGGCCGUGAAGGUGGCCAUGGCAGCGCCACGGCUGCGCGCGCUGCCGCUGCUACUCCUGCUCGGCGCGUCGUGGGCGCAGACGGCCGCGCCGCGCUGCACCUACACCUUCGUGCUGCCGGCCCAGAAGUUCACGGGCGCCGUGUGCUGGAGCGGGGCCGCGCGGCCCGCGCCCGAGGCCGUCAACGCCAGCGAGGUGGCGGCGCUGCGCAUGCGCGUGGGCCAGCACGAGGCGCUGCUGCGUGACCUGCAGCGGCUGGCGGCGGCCGACGGCGCCGUGGCCGGGGAGGUGCGCGCGCUGCGCAAGGAGAGCCGCGGCCUGAGCGCGCGCCUGGGCCAGCUGCGCGCGCAGCUGCAGCACGAGGCGGAGCCGAGCGCGGGGGCGGAGCCGAGCGCGGGGGCGGAGCCGAGCGCGGGGGCGGAGCUCGGGGCGGAGCCUGCCUCCGCGCUGGCGCUGCUGGGCGAGCGCGUGCUGAACGCAACCGCCGAGGCGCAGCGCGCCGCCGCCCGCUUCCACCAGCUGGACGCGAAGUUCCAGGAGCUGGCGCAGCUCGUGAGCCAGCAGGGCGGCCUCAUCGCCCGCCUGGAGCGCCUGUGUCCUGGGGGCGCGGGCGAGCAGCAGCAGGUCCCGCCCCCACCCCUGGUGCCUGUGGUUCCCUUGACUCUGGUGGGCAGCACCAGUAACGCCGGCAGGAGCCUGGACACAGCCCUGGAGUCCCCGAGAGACCAGACGCUGAGACAGCAGGGGCCCCUGGCCUCCCCCUCCCCCGCAGGGCGCCCUGCCAGCCCCACCAAGCCGGCAGGCCCAUGGCAGGACUGUGCUGAGGCUCACCAAGCGGGUCACAGGCAGAGUGGGGUGUACGAGCUGCGCCUGGGCCGGCAUGUGGUGUCCGCCUGGUGUGAGCAGCAGCUGGAGGGUGGUGGAUGGACUGUGAUCCAGCGGCGCCAGGAUGGCUCCGUCAAUUUCUUUACCACCUGGCAGCAGUACAAGGUGGGCUUCGGGAGGCCCGACGGGGAAUACUGGCUGGGCCUCGAACCCGUGCAUCAGCUGACCAGCCGUGGAGACCACGAGCUGCUGGUGCUGCUGGAGGACUGGGGGGGCCGGGGGGCCCGCGCCCUCUACGACAACUUCUCCCUGGAGCCGGAGAGCGACCACUACCGCCUGCGGCUCGGCCAGUACCACGGGGAUGCUGGGGAUUCUCUGUCCUGGCACAACGACAAGCCCUUCAGCACAGUGGAUAGGGACCGAGACUCCUAUUCUGGAAACUGUGCCCUGUACCAGCGUGGGGGCUGGUGGUACCAUGCUUGUGCCCACUCCAACCUCAAUGGCGUCUGGCACCGCGGUGGCCACUACCGAAGUCGCUACCAGGACGGCGUGUACUGGGCUGAGUUCCGCGGUGGGGCGUACUCGCUCAAGAAGGUUGCCAUGCUCAUCCGGCCUGCGAGGCUGUGACCGUCCUUCUGUCCCCGCCAUCCAGGGUGACCCAGCCUUGCCCCAGCAGCGGUGGACCUGGUCCCUGGGGGCCCCUGAGGGCGUUUCUGCGUGGGGCUGAGCUCAGAGUCCUAAGAAGCCGGUAGCGGCCUGGCCGGCUCACUCCUGGGGCCUGGCUGCCUCCUCCUCUUCCUCCUCCUCCUCCAGGUCCUCCAGGAUGAGGUUGUCGAGGUCCUCCUGCAGCCCGCCCUGGCUCAGGCAGGUGGCCACAGUGGAGCCACUGCUGAUGUGGGGGUCGCUGGGGUGCAGGACCUUGGGCAGGUGGUUCUGCUGGCGGCUCUUGGGGUGAGCGCACGACGUCCCAGGCACGUGGGGCUCUGGGGACAGAAACCGGGCUGAGGUCACCAGGCUGUGGGGAAGGGGCGGGAGCUGCAGAGAGCUCAGGAGACCACAGGAGAUCAGGGCGCCGUGUGGGGCGGGGCUACAGGACACAGCGGGGGCCGCGCCUCAGACCCACGGGCACCCUGAGCGUCCCAAGUGGCCCGGAAGACAGGUGGGGGGGGACCAUGUAGUUAUGGGGACGAAGCUUCCUUUUUUUUUUGAGCCAGGGUUUCACUUCUCGGUUCUGGCUGAGCUAAGCAGCUCCAGGCUGGCUUUGAGCUCACAGUGGUCCUCCUGCCUCAGUUUCCCAAGGGCUGGAAUCACCACCCUGCCUGCCAGGCUUCUGUAUUUUUAAGAAAUCUCUUUUUCUGAUUCUGGGUCUUGCUGUAUCACUGGCUGGCCUUCUCUGUAUUUGUUUUAGUCUUUACAGUGCUGAGAAUUGACCUCGAGGCCUUUCCUUGAGCUCCAGCUCCAUUACCCUGCCUCCCCUUUGGGUGUCUGGAGGCGGGCCUCGCUGUGUAGGCCAGGCUGGCCCUGAGCUCACUGCGUAGCCCAGGCUGGCUUGGAACUCCUGGAAUUUGCCUGCCCCUGCUUCCUAAGGGCUGGUGUGACAAGCGUGGGCUACCACACCCGGCCCCAGCCCCAUUUUUAACUUUUCCUGUUCUGAAAUAGGGUCCUGCUAAGUCACUAAAUUGCACGGGCUGCGUUUGCAUGUGA